AUGGCGAGCUACAAGAGUAAAAAGAGUGAUUCUGGGUUUGGCGACGACGCUGCCUCUGGAUCAACCCAGCCUACAGAUCUCACUCCUGAUCAUCCACUUGCCAAGAAGGGCUACGAGAUAGGCACUGCCGCCAAUCUUGAGGUUGGGGAUGUUUUCGAGUUCCUGUGGGCAGACUCGAAUGAGUUCGAGUGGGAGUGGAAAUGCCUGGGAUAUGUUCGAUUCAUCGUGCUGAGGCAUAGCGACACAUUUCCACACCAUGCUGUAUGCAUUCCUAUAUCUGUUGGCAGCAAGCACAACUUUGCCAAGCCCGGAAUAGAUUCGAGUCAGCAAGGCUUCAUCUUCGACGACAAUAGCCCGGACCAGUGGCAUGAGAAGCUCGCGGAGCGAAACCGCCUAUACUACCCUCCCGUCGGCAUCGAGCUAGCUCGAGGCAAAUUCAGGGUCAAGGAAGACUCGCGCGCCAACUAUGCCGACAUUAUCGAGAUCGACCACGAUGCUCAGGUCAUGGUCAUUGGAACAGUCGCCCGGUACUUUGAUCGCCUGCGCCGCAGCGUCAACAAGGCCGUCAUGCGCAACAUCCUCAAGCGAGCCCUUACCGAGUACAAGGCGAAGCGAGACAAGCAGAAUGCUCCUCCACCCAAGAUCGAGCCCUCUGUCGUUGGAGCCGGCGCGCCCCUUGAGGACGACUAUCAGGAGGAGGAGGAAGAGGAAGAGGCCGACCCGUCUGUUGACGAAGCAAACUACGCAACGGCGACAGCCGCUCUGCCCAUGGACAUUCCCACGCCACGUGACCAGCCCUCUAUGCGCUCCAUCAGGUCUUCGGCCGAGGAGAGGAGGGCUGAAAGACGGGCUUCGUCCUCGACAAGAAGGCUGCCCACAUCCAGAAAUGGUAGAAAAACUGCGGCCGAAGAGGCUAGCGAACAGCUGCAAGGUAAGCAUGACCCCAACAGGGUAUCCCAAGGUGGGCAAAGCGACUAUGAUCUGAGAUCUUUGCACAGUGUCGCGAUGAAGGGGAUCAAGUACUAG